GCAUUUAAAGAUACUGGCAAAGCACCUGUGGAACAAGAGGUAGCAAUUCAUCGCAUUAGAAUUACUUUGACGAGUCGCAAUGUAAAAUCACUUGAGAAGGUCUGUGCUGACUUGAUCAGAGGUGCUAAGGAAAAAAACCUAAAGGUGAAAGGACCUGUUCGCAUGCCCACUAAGACUCUGCGAAUCACUACCAGGAAGACGCCUUGUGGUGAAGGUUCCAAGACCUGGGAUCGUUUCCAAAUGCGUAUCCAUAAGCGGCUCAUUGACUUACACAGCCCUUCUGAGAUUGUGAAGCAGAUCACUUCCAUCAGCAUUGAACCAGGUGUAGAAGUUGAAGUUACUAUUGCUGAUGCCUAA